GCCGAUUUCAUUUCGUUCCCGCUCCCCGCUCUGCACUUCCUGCAUCGAAUCCCUUUUGUUCCUUUCAUUGUCGAGUCUCAGCCUCUAUACUUCGGAUCUUAGUCACUCACAUUGUCCUCGAACCUGCUCGGUGACUUGGACUGCAACCUCCAUUCGAGUGUCUGACAUUUUUACUGCCUCACCCUUUCGACCUGAGAAUGACUUUGGCCUGACCUAACACGAGCCUCCAACCACCAUGCUUCAAACACAGCAUCUUUACUCGCACCAGCAACAAUACAACCAGCAUGACCAAUCCUCCUGGCAGCACAACGGUCCGCAGCAGAGUCACCAGACUCUGAGCCACGGACAGCAACAGGCGCAAGCCCAGGCCGUUGCUGCCGCCGCGGCGGCCGCUCAGCAGCAACACUACUCCCGACUCGCGAUCAACCCGAAUCACAACUCUUCCCAUGCGCAGAAUACCAACCGGCAGGCCACGGCCGACAACUCGCAGAAUGCAAUGGGUCCGUCUUUGACCUCGAUGAAUGAGCAGGCGUCACCGGGCAUGGAUCAACAACUGUCGGAAGAGAAUCGCAAGGUCUUACAAUGGGUGGCAGAGUUGAUGGAUCCGAACCGACGAGAGGGAGCUCUGAUGGAACUGAGUAAGAAAAGGGAACAAGUGCCAGAGCUCGCGCUGGUUCUCUGGCACAGUUUCGGCGUCAUGACCAGUCUGCUCCAGGAGAUUAUCUCUGUCUAUCCGCUGCUCAACCCAAGUCAGCUCACCGCGGCAGCCAGCAACCGGGUGUGCAACGCCUUGGCCUUGCUUCAAUGUGUGGCAAGCCACAAUGAAACCAGGGGCCUGUUUCUUAAUGCGCAUAUUCCUCUCUUUCUCUACCCAUUCUUGAACACCACCUCCAAGUCAAGACCUUUCGAAUACUUGCGGCUCACGUCACUCGGUGUCAUUGGCGCUCUGGUCAAGAAUGAACCCUCAUCCGGUGUCUCGAUGAACCCGGCAGGCACUCCAGGAGCACACGGAAACACCAACAACUCUUCGCCAACAAUCACGUUUCUGUUGACCACAGAGAUCAUCCCACUCUGCCUGCGCAUCAUGGAGACGGGCUCCGAACUGUCCAAAACUGUGGCCAUCUUCAUUGUCCAGAAGAUUUUGCUUGAUGACACAGGGCUAGGAUAUAUCUGUGCCACAUAUGAGAGAUUCUACGCCGUCGGCACCGUCCUGAGCAACAUGGUUAUUGGCUUGGUCGAGACGCAGACUGUCCGGCUCUUAAAACACGUAGUUAGAUGCUUCCUGAGGCUCAGCGACAACAACCGAGCCCGCCAAGCGCUGCGACAGUGUCUCCCCGAACCGCUUCGAGAUGCGACCUUUUCCAAUGUCCUCCGAGAUGAUGCCGCCACCAAGCGAUGUCUGGCCCAACUCCUCAUCAACCUGAGCGACACUGUUACCGAUACGCAAAAUGAGCAAUUUGAAUAAUUCUAGGACUUCGGCGUACCCGCGGGCUCUACAUCGGAUUUGCUGUGCGAAGAUAACCGGUGGUCAACGAUACCCUUCAUCAGAGUGACGAGUUUCUCAAAUUUUUUUUCCAGCAUUGCGGCCGCUGCGUCGGCGACAGACUGGGACAAGCAUGAAGCAGGAAAGUUUUGGAGUCCUUCCUUUUUGUUGUCGGCAACACACAAGCAUCAACAUCACCAAGCAUAGAAAUUAUACCCAAUGGCCUCGGCGAGGAAGACAUGACAGGCGCACUGUUUUCCAUUAAUUGAACGAAGACAUGAUCAAUGCACAAAGGCGUGGCUUGAUGCCCGAAGAUUGUAACAAGGGCCAGGAACUCCUCGGUUGAGGUCAGGGCCCUGAUGGCUGCGAUGGAUGGGAUUGCGAGGAGGGAAAAAGUGGUUUGUGCCCGCGAGUUUCUACCUGUUUUUUUUGGGAGGCCACCAUCUCUUGACUUUUCUUUGGCACCGGGAUAUAGCAAGCUCUACAACACAUCGUGACCUGUACAUGAAUUGGAGUGGCAUGGACGAGGACGUGGCUGUCGAGGGAAGGGGUCUCUUUGGAUUACACACCACCCAGGCUUUCCAUCUCUGAGCCCGGUCUUCACAGUGGGAUGAAGCGCAUGAAUUCCUUCUUUCUUUCUUGCCCCCACGACAGUCGGCGACGCCCUUCUGUCCCUGCAGAUAGUUGCCCUUACAGAAACCCAGAUGUAUUUCAUAGCAUAGUACAAUGACAUUGAUCUUUUUCUGACAG